AUGAGUCAAUCGAUGAAUCACACAAACGAAAGAACAACGAAUGAUCAAAUACAUAUUUCAAGUCAUGCACUAAGUUAUGCAGUUGAAAGUCAUCUACCAUCUUUUAAACUAGAAUGUGAUCCAAAACUGCAACAACAACAACAAGAUGGUACAGUUUUAGUUAAAGAAUUGUUUAAGUUAAUUGAGAAUGAUUUUCGUAAAAAUAAUAAAGAUUACAAGAAACCUUUGAGAUUUGAUUACUGGUAUAUUGAUCAGCAAGGUGAUUUGAUAUGUUUUGUUAAACAAGUAGAACUGUUUGUUUAUUUUUGUGAUAUAUCACACUAUCCUGGUAAAAUAAACGAUUGUGAGAUUAAACCACUUUUACCAAAAAAGUUGCCACCUCAAUAUUCAAUAAUAAUUAAGUUUGUUAAUAACAAUCUAUCUGUACAGGAUAUUAAAGAGGAGUUAACUACAAGUUACUCAUCGAUUUAUAUAAUUGAAGAAUUGAAUGGAAGCAAGUCUAAUAAAAAUAGACAUGUACGUGUAGAUAUGAAAUCAAAGGAAGAUUAUAAUAAGAUAAUGAAUGGGAGUGUUGUUAUAACACAUGGUCAAUGUUUUAAUGUUAACGAAUUUCUACAAGUACCAAAAUUACUUUUAUGCUCUAGAUGCAAUGGACCAGGGCAUAUAAAAAAAAUUUGUAAAAGUCCAAUGGAAAUAUGUCGUCGUUAUGGUAAAAAUAGACGGGAUGGAGAAGAUCAUACUGAGUGUGUUGUUAAAUGUCAUUAUUGUCAAGGAGAGCGUAUAUCUACAAAUUAUCAAUAUCCGGUAUUAGCUGAUUAUCGUUUUAAACUAGUUACUGAAUUAUAA